AUGGAAAUAAUGGAAAAAAUCAUCAUAAUAAUCGUCGAAAACGACGAAACAAAACAAAAUCAUCAACCAAAUCAACGGUGAAACAAGAAAUAAUUGUAAAAAAUGAUAACAAUAAAUCUAUGAAUGACAUACAUUCAUCGAAUGAACAACAACGAAAACAACCGAAAAAUUUAAAUAAUCAUGGAAAUAAUAAAAUCAAUACUGAUGAUAAUGAUAUAAUGUCAAUGGCAACUUAUAAUAUUAAUCAUAAAAUGAUUGAUGAUGAUGAACAUCAGAAUCAUAAUAAUGAUGAUGUUGAUAACAAUAUUGUUGUCAAUAAUGAUAAUGAUAAUAAUAAUUAUAAAUAUAAUUUAUCAUUAGUCGAACGUUUAUCAAUGUUAACAUUUGAAUUACAUUCAGAUCUAAUUCAAUUCUAUGAAUUAUAUGAACAACAUUUGGAACCAAUGUUAUCCGAUCCGUUAUUAAUAUCAUCAUCAUCAUCAUCAUCGACAAUAACAAAUGAUUCAUUAGAAUCUAUUCGACAACGACAAUCAAUGAUUGUUGAACGUUUUCAAGAAUGGCUUGUAAUGGUUGAUGAUGAUGAAGAUGAAGAUGAUGGUGUGGAUCAAGGUAUUAUCGAUGAUAAUGAUAAUGAUGUCGUUGAUGACGAUGAUGAAGAUGACGAUAAUGAAUUAAUCGACGAAUCAUUAGUAUUAACAUCAUCAUCCGGACAAUUGGAUGAUGAAAAUGAAAAUGAUGAUAAUGAAAAUGAAGAACGAAUCAAUAGGCGAAAAAUUCGUAAACAAAUUAUUAUGAAUAAUUUAGCAGCUCGUUCACGUAAACAUGCAUAUAAAGUUUUACAAUUUUGUUUAAGAAUCUAUCUUGAUCUAUAUUUGUUACGACAAUUUUUUCGUGAUAUUCGUGAAACAUUAUUGGUUGAACAUUCUGGUUAUGAUCAACAAUUAAUUGAAUCAUAUCGUCAUGAAUUGGAUCUUUGUAUUGAACAUUUAUUAACAAAAGAAUAUGUUGAAAUGGAAUGUUUAAUUGAGGAAUAUUUAAAAUUUCGUAAUCAUUCGGAAAUAUUACCAAAUUUUUCAAUCAAAAUGAUUGAAUGUAAUCAGAUAAUGAAAACAAAAUCUAUAUUAGCCGAAUUGGAUAAAGAUGAACAGCUACGAUUUGAAUUUAUCGAUCAUUUAAUUGAAGAUUCAAAAACAUUUACAUUGGAAACAAUGAACACUGAUGUUUUAAAAGAUUGUUGUUCAUUCAUUUAUUCAACAAUGGCAAAUGGUAAUAAUCGUAAUGAUAUACAACAAUCAUCAUCAUCAUCAUCAUUAUUAUUGAAUGAUUCGAAUGAAUUACGAACAAAUCGAAUUAAAUGUUCAAUAAAAUCGGCUAAAAAUCUGUCAUCAUCAUCGUCAGACUUAUCUGCUAAUCGUGAAUUACUUGAUGAUUUUGUUUUUCAAAUGUAUUAUAAAUAUGUAAUCGAAGCAAUGGCCACAACAAAUGUUUUCGAUGAUAAUAAUCGUAAUCGAAAAAAAUUACGUCCAGAAAUAGCAUUAGCAAAGAGUUUAAAAAUUCGUAAAGAUAAAAGUAUUGAAUGUCAAUUAUGUGUCGAACCUGUACGAUUUGAAACAAUGCUUGAAUUGAAUUUACAUAUGAAUGAUUGUCAUACACCACCGCCGGUACAACCACCACCACCACCACCAAUAUCAAUACCAUCAUCAUCAUCAUCAUCGUCUUCAUCUACAGCAGCAACAACAACGACAACUACGGUUAAUCAAAAUCAACAAUCUACGGUAGCAAAAGAUAAAAUUAAAAAUCGUAAAAAAGGUUCUCGUAAAAAAAAAUCAAAAAAGAAAAUAUCCAAUGAUAAUGAUAAUGAUGAUAAUAUGUAUGUUCCGGAUAAUCCAGCUCAUUUUAUACUUCAAUCGAUGGUUAUUGAACAAGUGUUGGCUGCCAAACGAAAAUCUCAAGAAAAGAAACAAAUAAUCGAUAAUGACGAAAAUCAAAUGGAUGAUGGUGUUGAUAAGCACGUGAAUGUUUUGAAAAAAUUACUAUCAAAAUUAUCUAACGAUAAAGAAUCUACUUUUGGACAACAAAAACAACGAUUGCUCGAAGCCUGUUUGUUUGAUCAUGAGGAAAAAUCCUUACCUGUUGAAAUUAUUCAGCAUCUUAUGAAUGCAGAUAAUUCAAAUUAUUCAUGGGAACAAUUGUUCGUUGAUAUACAAUCGGGUAAUCUUAAUAAUCUUUUCGAUAUUCCUUCAGAAAAGUUGUUUGAUGAUAAUGUUGGUGAAUGUGUAGAUCUACCGGAUGAUUUCAUUGAUGAUGAUGAUGAUGAUAAUGAUGAUAAUGAUGAUGAUAAUGAAAAAUUGAAAUUGGAAGAAACGUUACAUCAUACCGAUAAAGUAUCUGAUGAGAUUAAUGGUCAUCAUUCGAAUCAAACGGAACAAAUAAAUUCAAUAGUUAACAUGAAUGAGCAAACAUUAAAACAAUCAAAAAGUCAACAACGACGACAUCAACGAAAUCAUCGUCGAUUAUUACGAAAAUUUGAACAAAAAAUUUCACGUCUUUUAACGGAAAAAGGUGAUUGGAAAAAUGAAUCCGUAUGGUUGACAUUGAGGAAUCGUGUUCGUGAUGAUUUCAUCGAUUUAAUUCGUAAAUCAACUACAGGAUUAAGUGCAAACAACACUACCAAUUCUUCCGCUAUAACUAUUAAUAAUCCAAUUGUUACAUCUUCAUUAUCAUCAAUACGACUGCCAGAUAUUCAAAAUGAAUCAACUGUUAAUGAAAAUCCAAUCCUAUUAUCAUCAAUGAUUAAUAAUGAUAAUCUUAAUGAUGAUGAUGGUCAAAAGCAAAAUACACAAAUAUUACCACCGCCAUUACCAUUACCAAGACGAUCCCAAUCAUCAUCAUCAACAAUAACAACGUCAACAACAACAACAACAUCGAAACAAAUGAAAAAUAAUCCAUUGAAAUUAUCAAAUGAUAAUGAAAAUGAUCCUAUACCACAGAUUUUGUGUCGUCGUUGUCAGAAUCGAAAUUCAAAUGCUAUAAUCUGUGAACAUAUUUCCAAAGUGGUACAUCGAAUUUUAAAUAAUCCAGUUUGAAUAUUUAAAAAAAAAAUAAUGAUGAUAAAAUAUAUAUUGAUUGGAAAUUUGUUUAUAUGACAUGCUUAUAUUACUAUAUUA